CUUUUCGCGACAAUGAAGUUUGUCCCAGUGAAGUUGCCGUAAAUUGUUAUUUGCAGCGCUACUUGUGCAUUCGUUCGUCCUUUUCUCGAAACUACCAAUGUUUUUUCCCUGAAUUAGUAACGGGGGUACUGAAGUUUCGACUCAGUACGCCCAAUUCCUACUUUACUUAACCAAAACAUGUUUCGCGAAAUCUUCGUGUCCAAUUUAAAUUGUCUUGGUGCACGUUGAAGCUUUUCGGCCUGGUAUAGCUUAGCGUAGUUUAUUUUAGCUUGCUAGCCGCCAACAAAGAGACGCGUUUGUGAUCAACAUGUUGUAAAACUGGCAUUAAGUGUGAGCGUUAAGUGUUGUGAUUGUCGUGUAAAAAAAUGUGCACAAGACGGACGACAGAUUACGAGGAGGAACUUUGUGAUACAAACAAGGACAACGACAGACAAUGUCAACUGCUGGACGACGGUUGGAGGAUGCAGCCAAGAAAUGUGAUUCACAGUGCAGACAUAAGUGAAGAUGUUCGUCUCGAGUGGCAGGGGCCAGAGUCCCUUCGUGUUAAAGAGAAAGAGGAGGACAAAGAGCGUUCCUACUUUGAGGAAGCAGCACAAAAAAUUAUUUACAUUAAAAGAGAGGUUGUAGCAGACCACCCUUGGAUGAAAGAGGAUGGAGAAGGGUUCCCCUACAUCAAAGAGGAGGAGGCGGCAAGCUGCACGCUGCCAUCGGCUGGUAUCCCUGUGAAGUAUGAAAAUGGCCAAAAUGAGGAGAACGGAUGGGUCGAGCCUCCAAGCAGUAGCUCAUCUCAACACAUGACAACAGAAGGUGAUGGAGACCAAUAUCGUGGAUCACAAGCAGAUGGCCUCUUGGCUCCACUAUCGGAUAAUGACGAAAUGUCACACCCUCCUUCUGCUGAUGAUGAUAAUCAUGAUAAUGACAAUUCUGAAGAUGAGAUGACAUGUCACACUGACAACAAACACUGGAAGUGUUCUCAGUGUGGGAAAGUUUGUGCAUAUAAGAGCCGUUUGAAGCGGCACAUGAGAAUACACACCGGUGAGAAACCUUUUGCCUGCUCAGAAUGUGGCCAAACAUUCUCUCAGAAGGGAAGCUUAAAACGUCACACAAGUAUACAUACUGGUGAGAAAUCAUUUGUCUGCUCAGUUUGUGGACAAAGAUUCUCUGAGAAGGGAACCUUAAAAAUACACACAAGAACCCACACUGGUGAGAAACCUUUUGUGUGCUCACUUUGUGGCCAAAGUUUCUCUCAGAAAGGGAGCUUAACAAUGCACAUAAGAACACACACUGGUGAGAAACCUUUUGUCUGCUCGGUUUGUGGCCAAUGUUUUUCUCAGAGGGGUAGCUUGACAAUGCACAGAAGAACCCACACUGGUGAGAAACCUUUUUCCUGCUUAAUUUGUGGGCAAAGAUUCUCUGAGAAGGGAAGCUUAAAAAUACACACAAGAACACACACUGGUGAGAAGCCUUUUGCCUGCUCAGAUUGUGGCCAAAAUUCACUCAGAAGGGACACUUAAGUUGCCACACAAGAAUCCACACUGGUGAGAAACCUUUUGCCUGCCCAGAUUGUGGCCAAAGAUUCACUC